UCUGGUUUCAGUUCUGUUCGAAACUUUAAGCCGGUUAGACGUGUGUAGUAAACUCGGCGGGUCUAGCGUGUGCCGAGCGCCGACGGCUUCGACUCGAUCCGCGCGCGCAUGCUUUGCAUUCCGUGACACCGUUAAGAGCACAUGGCGACACCGCAGUAGAAUCGAGUGUGUUGCGGUUGAACGCGAGAGAAAAAGUACCAGCGAAAUUCCACAACCGUCACAAAACGCAGAUAAUUGCCAUAGUUAGCCUGGGAAAUAUUUGUGAUUUUCCAUGGUUGAUGGCGUCAUAUGAUGGUUACCCUUAACCUAGUGCGAGGUUGAAGAAAGCACAGCAAUGAGAAUGAAAGCAUGAAAACAAAAGGAAGAAAAGCUCUGUGGGAAAUAGUGUGAAGAUACAAAUAGUUCCAGCUCAUAUACCACAUACACCAAAGGUCGUUAUCUGCACUGCGACCUAGGCGGCCCGAUGGCAGAAGUGAAAGUAAUUGAAGCAUCAGAUAAACCAAAGGAGGUUAAUGAACAGACGCAAAAUGCCGAUUAUUUUCUGCGAAACAUUUUCAUUCCCGCGGAUGCCGGUGGAAACCUCGGAAUGCACCUCAGCCGAACGCCAUGGGAUCCCUAUCCCUGGGUCAGCGGCGUUCUGACGGGCUCAUGUGCAGAGCAAGCAGGAGUUAAAGUUGGCGAUUGUGUGCUUGAGGCCAAUGACGAAGAUUUGCUAGGGCUGAAAAUUGUCGACAUCGCCAAGCGUGUUACGAACUGCAAACAGAAUGCGAACCCUCGCCCAGGUGUUAGCUUGAUGCUGUGGAACUCCGGCUUCGAGAAGAAUAACCUCAACCCGCAGUCACUGUCGCGCUUCGCCAGCUGUCUUCAGGGCAUUGCCGGUUUGCUGGAAUGUCCCGUUUGUUUGGAAAUCAUUCGUCCUCCCUCGUGGCAGUGCUGCCACGGUCAUCUAAUCUGUUCCGGUUGUCGCUCCAAGAGCACCAAAUGUCCAAUUUGUCGUGUGAUGUUGGGACGUGGUCGAUGUAUAGUGGCCGACAAAUUGUUUAAUUUCCUAGUUCAAACGCUGGGACAGCAUGAAGGGGACAAACAUUCCGCUACUAGGAAACCGUCUAAUUUCCAACAAAUUAGUGCUCGCCUGCCAUUGCUUUUACGUGACCCCAGACUCUGUAAACAAUCGUUAAAAUUAAAAGCAAAUAACCACACUAUUAGCAGUGGAGAAGCAGCAGCAGACAGGAUCGCAAAAAUGGCAAUGGCACCACUUCAAUAUUGCUGCCCUUCCGGUCAACCGUGUGAUAAAAUGAAAAAUCAACAUGACAUAUUAAUUCAUUUGCAGAAAUCUCAUCAAACGAGUGUCGUACAGUAUUAUGCGGCCGCUGGCGACCAGCUUAGUAUAAAUUUCAACGAAUCGUGUGUAACGUGUAUCGUCCUGGUACCAGAAAAUGCACAGGACGAAAACAAUAACAGCUUAAGGCAGACGGCUAGUUCUAAUAGUAAUUGCGGUAACAUCAGGAACAAAUUGACAUCAACCGCCGCUGUCAUGGAGCAGAAUGAACAGUUUUUCCUAGCCAAAUUUCGUUGUAUCGAAACCACCAGCCAAGCUCUUUAUUGGUUGUGGUACCUAGGUUCGCUAGAGUCGGUCAAUCGAUUCCACGUAACCAUAACGGAUGUACACAGCAAAGUCAGUUGGAGUGGAUGCCCGAUAUCGCUGCGGCACAACUGCAAGGAAGCUCUCAAGACGAAGCGGUUCGUUAGACUAGAUUACGAAACAACAGGACUGCAAGUUAAAGUAAAAUUCAGGAAAUAAAUUUAGUUUCAUGUUUGUUUAUA